AUGUCUGACGUCCAGAAGCCCGUCGAGGAGACUCCCGCGGCCGUGCCCGCCACUGCUCCUGCUACCGAAGCGCCUGCUGCCACCGAGACCCCGGCUACCGAGACCGCUGCCACCGAGGCCCCCCAGGAGACUGUCGCUGAGACCACCGAGGCCGCCCCCGCCGCCGAGGAACCCAAGGCUGAUGCCCCCGCCGAGGAGACCAAGGAGGAGCCUAAGAAGGAGGAGGUGACCCCCGCAUCGGAGGGCAUCCUGGGUUACAAGGCGCCUGGUCUUGUCAAGGGUCUUCGUUUCGCCAAGCGCUUCUUCUACUUCAGCGACGAUGCCGUCGAGGCUAAGCAGCUCUCCGUGUUCCACCAGAACGAGAAGCCUGCCGUCGCCAACCCGAUCGCUGCCUGGGCCAGCCAGACUGGCAAGGGCCUUCUGUUCUUCACCAAGCGCGCGGAGGACAAGACUACCCCCGCCGGUAUCUUCAACCUGGCUGAGAUCUCGGACAUUGCCAAGGAAGGCUCCAGCGAGCUCCACUUCAAGGUCCACGGCCAGAAGCACACUUUCCAGGCUGCCAGCGCCUCUGAGCGCGACAGCUGGAUUGCCGCCCUCGAGGCUAAGGCCGCUGAGGCCAAGGCUGAGAAGGAGGCUGUCACCUCCAGCGAGGGCUACAAGGCUGAGCUUGAGAAGCUGAGCAAGCCCGCUGUUGCCGAGCCCGCUAAGAAGGCUGCCGAGCCCAAGGAGGAGGCUGCCCCUGUUGAGGACAAGAAGGAGGAGAAGGCUGCCUCCAAGAGCCGCUCUCAGUCUCGCAAGAGGGCCAGCAUCUUCGGAACUCUGCUUGGCAAGAAGGAGGAAACCGAGGAGAAGAAGGAGGAGAAGGUCGAGGAGCCCAAGCCUGCUGAGACUGCUGAUGAGGCUCCCGCUAAUCUUACAACAGCUGCUGCUGCUGCUGCCGCCCCUGUCGAGGCCAGCGACAAGAAGGAGGAGAAGGAGGACAAGAAGACCGAUGCCCCUGCCGCUCAGAAGUCCAAGCGUGCCUCUCUCUUCGGCAACUUCUUCCAGAAGGUCACCAGCCCCUCUCACGAGAAGUCCGAGAAGGAAGCUACUGCUCCUGUGGAGACCCCCGUUGCUAGCACUGCUCCUCAGCUCGACAACCCCGUGGAGGAGGCUGCUGUGAAGCCCAUCGAGCCCGAGAGCGUGACUGCUCCCGCUGAGACCGAGGCUUCCAAGGAAGCCACCCCGGCUCAGUCUCCUGCUGCGGAGACCCCUAAGGACAAGCGCCGCACUUCUUUCUUCGGUAACUUCGGCAAGAAGAAGGGCGACUCCGACAACGAGGGUGCCGAUGGCGAGCCCAAGUCCAAGACCAACAAGCUUGGUGGCAUCUUCCGCAAGCCCAGCAAGGCCGUGAAGUCCGAGGUCAAGGACACCAAGGAGACCACCGAGGCCGAGGCUGCCCCUAAGGAGGAAACCGUCCAGGAGUCCCCCGCUGAGGAGAGCGCUCAGCCUGCUGAGGCUCCCGCUGAGGAGAACAAGCCCGUCAACGUUGCUUCGACUUCCACCCCUGUCCAGGCUGCCGCAUGA